CUGAGUUUUUAUUGUUAAUAAUAUUGUUAGUUGAUGAGGGUGAUGGUAACGAAGAUUCUAGAGCCCCUACGCUGACCCACCCUAUUGCACUGUUUUGCCUCCGCCCCUCAAACCCCCAGAAGAGCUUCCCCGGCCCGCCCUGCGGGCUCCCGUAGGGAUGAACUACAAAUCCCAGCGUGCCCCGGGGCGUUGCGGGGGCGGGGCGCGUCCGCGCAGGCCGGGGCUCCGCCCGUCAGUCGGGGGGGCCAUGGAGGGGCGGGGCGGCGCGGCCAUUGGGCUAGGCGGGCCGCGCGGGCGGGGCGUCUGCUCGGGGGCGGCCCUGGGAAACUGGAGGCCGGCGGGCUGGGGUUGGGCCCGGCGGCUGCUGUGGCGGCUCAGAACCGUCGGCGCUGUCGCGGCUGUCGGAGCUGUCGGCGCUGUCGGAGCCGUCGGAGCCGCCUCCCGGUCCUGGACCAUGGCCGCCGCGCCCCUCAGAGUGUGCAUCGUGGGCUCGGGCAACUGGGGCUCAGCCGUGGCCAAAAUCAUUGGCAAUAAUGUCAAGAAGCAUCAGAAGUUUGCACCGAUGGUCAAGAUGUGGGUCUUUGAGGAAACGGUGAACGGUCGGAAACUGACAGACAUCAUCAAUAACGAUCACGAGAAUGUGAAGUACCUCCCUGGGCACAAGCUGCCCGAAAAUGUGAUCGCUGUCCCCAGCCUCAGCGACGCUGUUGAAGACGCAGACAUCCUGGUCUUUGUGAUCCCUCACCAGUUCAUCCACAGGAUCUGCGAUGAGAUCUCCGGGCGGGUGCCCAAGAAGGCGCUGGGGAUCACCCUCAUCAAGGGGAUUGACGAGGGCCCCGAAGGGCUCAAGCUCAUUUCGGACAUCAUCCGAGAGAAGAUGGGCAUCGACAUCAGCGUGCUGAUGGGGGCCAACAUCGCCAACGAGGUGGCUGCUGAGAAGUUCUGCGAGACCACCAUCGGCAGCAAGGUCUUGGAGAACGGGCUUCUCUUCAAGGAGCUCCUGCAGACCCCGAACUUCCGCAUCACCGUGGUGGCCGACGCCGACACCGUGGAGCUCUGCGGGGCGCUCAAGAACAUCGUGGCGGUGGGAGCCGGCUUCUGUGAUGGGCUCGGCUGUGGGGACAACACCAAAGCCGCCGUCAUCCGCCUGGGGCUCAUGGAAAUGAUCGCCUUCGCCAGGAUCUUUUGCAAGGGGCAGGUGUCCACGGCCACCUUCCUGGAGAGCUGCGGCGUGGCUGACCUGAUCACCACCUGCUACGGGGGCCGCAACCGGAGGAUAGCUGAAGCGUUUGUUAAGACCGGAAAGACCAUCGAGGAGUUGGAGAGAGACAUGCUAAAUGGCCAGAAACUGCAGGGACCGCCGACUUCUGCAGAAGUGUAUCGCAUCCUCAAGCAGAAGGGGCUCUUGGACAAGUUCCCCCUGUUCACGGCUGUCUACCAGAUCUGCUACGAAGGCCUCCCGGUCCAGGAGAUGCUUUCCUGCCUGCAGAGCCACCCCGAGCACAUCUAAGGGGAGCACGCCGCCUGGGCAGGGCAGCCUCCGCCCCUCCCAGUGAGCCUUGGCUCGGGCGGCAAUGGUGGUUCAUCCCAGACUCUCCUUGCCUGACAUUCUGCUCCAGACGGGAAUACCGGGGGAUUUCUCCAAGUCCAUUCUUUUCUAGCCCAGGUUGAAAGGGAAUGGGGGUGGUCCGGUGCUGGAAGGCUCUGCGACUCAUUUCAUUGGCCGGGACUAAGGCAGUCAUGCGAAUGUUGCACAGCUCCAAUUUCCCAGGUGUCCGUGUGUGAGCGCCUCUUGUGUCUUGCGGGUGCCCCUCCCAGAGCCGCCCCUGGAUUGGGGGUCAUCUUCUGGAAUUGACCUGUGGUGUAGCUGGGGAGAGUGGGCCUGUCUUCACUCGAUUCUUCUUAUUUGUUUUUAAAUCGAACUCAUUAACAUUAAAUCUUGGGGUGAGGGCACUUUUGUCUAACGAAACAACAACAAAAACCAAUUAACCAGCAUUACUGUGGUGGGAGGGAAAGGAAGAAUAUUUAUCUGUUCAAUGCACCAAAUAUAUAAGGAGAAUUUUACCUUGUGCAGUCAGGUCCAAUCAAGAAACAUUUACGAAGCACCUACUGUGUGCCAGGUACCGGGAAGCAGGGAGGGAGUGGCAGUGACAAAGAAAGACAGAAGACGGCCCCUGGAUCCAAGGAGCUCCCAGUCUAAUAACAAAGCCAGCAUCGUUUUUUAUUAACACUGUUGGGUUUUUUUUAAAGAACGUUUUUAAUCAGGGUCUGCCACCUCCAUUGUUCUAUUUCUACAGUUUCCUGCCUUUGCGCUAACCUAGCUCGGCGCCUUUCUGCUCUGUCCAGCGGCGUGGCCGUGGCUGCUGGGGGCCCGGGGCCCUCUCCCCACUUGCCUUCCCCCAGCCCUCUUGGGCCCGAGGCCCGGCCAGCUGUGUGUGGCUCACUAACCUCGUGGUCUCCAGGCCGAGCCACCGUGGAGUGUGGGUGUCCGGCCCUCCAGGGAAGGGUCUGGGACCACCACCUUUGGAGGCUUGGUGGAGAACCAGGCGCCCGCCCCGCCCCUUCCCCCCCCCACCUUGGCGUAGUCACUAGUCAAGCUGUCCUGUGUGUGUGUGUGUGUCUGCAAAGCUGUGAAAACACUCCCAGGGGGAUUUUUAGCAGGACUGAAGUGGGAGAAGUCUGGAUGAAAGGCCCCGAACUUUGGGCCUCUGGCACCAGGAACCGGGACUCUGUGAACGACCAGGCCGUGGCAGUUCCAGGAGGCCCAAGAAGAUGACCUUGGCCAUCUCUCCCCUUUUCUCAUUCCCACCUCAGUCACUCUGCCCACCAGGGAUGAGGGGAGGCAGGUGAGGCCCGAGGUGCUCCUGGGGCCCAGCGAUGGCCACCACGCAUAUUGGAAUGGCCCCAAGUCUGGCAUAACCCCGGCUGCGUUUCCCAAGGCUUGCUGGGAGCUCGGGCGAUCUGGAACCGGCUCCCCUGCCUCCUCCUUGGUCCCUGUGAGAGACCGUGCUCUGUGAUGGCCCCAUUCUCUGCUCAGCUCUCCCCCAGAUUCCUUAGGAUGCAUUGCCAUGACUCCAGAAGCCAACGGAACCCAGGAGGGAUCAGCCUGGCGAAUGCGCACAUUAUGUCCCACCUGUGAUUUUGUUCUUUCCCGGAUUCGAAUGGGAGCGGGCCCAGCCAGGGGGCCUGAUGCGGUCCCUUCGUCCCCCUCCCCCUCUAGUACUUGGCAAAUGGUAAGGAAACAUGUGAAUGUCUCGGAGCAUCCAGGGCCUGCUCAAUCACUUUUGAGAAACAUUAGUUCUUUAUUUUUGCUAUCGCUGAAAAUGAUUGUAGAUGAAUGUUUGGGGGUUUUUAAAAACCCCCCCCCCAGAUAUCACUGGGCAUUUUGGAAUCAGAAACACAACACCUGUGAAAAGCACAUGAAAUUCCCCCAAGUGGACCCAGUGCUCUUUGUCUCUUAAUUAACUUCAAACCACUUGGCCGGUGGGAAGCCUUUUACAACUUUGUACGUUCUUACCAAAAAUCGGCAUUUUAGGAUCCCAAAGGGCUGUCCACUGGCCAGGGGGUCUCCUGGGUGACUCCACUGUGGGGGCCUGGGAGGCGCUCUGUGAAAGUCUCUCUUACUCUGGGUUAUACUGAGUGGCUUUUUCUUUAGACAGGCCCCGAUCCCGCACUCUCUAAAGUCCAUUUAUUAAGUCUUAAACAUAAUACGAGAGCCACAGGUCCUGGAGAGGGGCAGACCCUCGGGAUUCUGGCUGUGGUCCCACGGGUCGUAGCCAUCUGCCGACCUGCUGGGACCCGCCGACGCCUCUUGCUAACGAGGGUCACUGGGGAUGGGCCCCAUGCGUGGCCUCCAGCAGCAGGAGCCGGAUGAGAGAAGGGCCUUGUUUAUAAUGGAGUCUCCCUGCGUAGACCUGAUGAGGGAUGGGGAAGGGAGGGGGUGCAGUGACAAGGGGCCUGUGGGCAAGGAGAAUUUGGUUUCCAUUACUAAGCUUACUAACCAUUCAUUACUUCUCUGUGGAUCAUAUUUAUCUGUUGUAGAUGGGCGUAUGAUUAAAAGCUUGGUAAAAUAAACAUUUUAUCCCUGAA